AAAAAAAUAGGAGUUGGCCUACAUAAAGCAAAUCGACAAGAAAAUGGAUAUUGUGUUUUUAUUUUAUUUUGGGCCUUCAUCUGGUUUAUGAUGAUGAUUAAAAAACGCAGACUUUCGCGUGUCAGUCUUAAUGGUGGAGUGGUCGAUACAGAUACCCUUCUUUCCACUCGAACCCCGAAAUCUAUUAUCAAAUCACGCCGUGCAUCACUGGUAGAUUUUAACGAUCCAAGACCGUCUUCACGUAGAAGCAGCUUAGCAACGACCACGAUCGCAGCCGCCUUGUCACCGACCCUGCUUUCCGAUCCUGUGACUCCUUUAAAUCAAUGCGAUAGCAAUACUGAGUCCAUCGAUGACGCUCACACGCUGUAUAAGCUAAAGUCUAGUCGUUCCUACCGUAAACUCGAUAAAUUUUUCGGCGAGCCGCCACUUCAGCUGGAUGUCAGCGUCGGAGAUAUCAGGAAACACGGUCUACGAGCCAUGCUGCAAUCCAAGGUGCCCCUUUGCUAUUUCUUGUAUCAUUUGCUCGAGGAGUACAGCUGUGAAAACCUUUUUUUUUAUAUCGAACUGCAACAGUAUGAAAAUUUCGAAUAUGUAUCGGUGCUGCAGCAAUUGGCCACCGCUCAACAUAUCUACAAUACCUAUCUAACGCGAAAUAGCCACUUUGAAGUGAAUCUCGAUGAUAACGUACGAAGUGACAUUGUUCAAGCACUCAGUGAACGACGAGUCCAAGGCUGUUUCGAUACAGCGAAACGAGCCGUAUACCUCUUGCUGGAGAACAGUUUUAUGCAGUUCAUCCACACCAACACAUGGCAGCACAUGGCCGAAAAUUGUGGAGAGUCAAAGACACACUAUCAUCGGGACACGCGACAUGCGGCUGUUCAGCAACUAAUCAUGUACCUUGAACGACAACAUGCAAUGAUUUAUACAAGUCCACAUACCGAUUCGCCAGUGUUUAUGAGUGUUAGUCAACCGAAACGGCGUCACGAGUUGAUCAAAUCCAUGAUCCAUGAAUUCUGUCGUACGUUGAUUGGCGUGGAGUUUAGCUAUUACCGUUCGUCGUCGUCUUUACACGCGCCCAUAGCUUCAGCGUCGCCUCACUCGUCUCCGAAACAGCGCCAUCUGGUCAUGCUGGACUUUUUUAGCCGAAAAAAUCUCUAAAGCUGCUUCUAUGCCUUUUUUAGAUAGCUUUCAUGGGGUGUAACUUUAACUUUUUGAAAUGCGGACACGAAUAAAAUCCUAAAAAAAAUAAAUCAAAACGCAU